AUGGGUACUUGUAGUUAAAGAAACAAUGAGGAGAAUGCAAAGACAAAAGAAAGAACAUUGAUGAAAUUAGUAGGUUAUUUUUACAGUAUCCCUAUGCAACAACAUCCAGACAUAGAUAGCUUAGUAAUUACAAAGUUGGAAAGACAAAAAAUAAUUUCAAGAGGAUUAAGUAAGAAUCUGAUUGAAGAAAUUGUAUUCUUUUUAAAUUCUCGGAAGAUUAGGAAUACUGAAUAAGACGAUUUACUUGAACAUUUUAAUUAUGUAUACAACUAAUCUUUUAAGAAAUUGAAUAACUUUACUACCAACCUGGGGAAAAUGAUAUUGAUUGUAAAGUUUUAUAAUAAUGAUAUCUAAGACAUCGCUCGAAGUUUUGUUGUGUUAUAAGUCUCUAGAAAUGGGAGAGUUAACUCCAGUAGAUGUUUGGUGGGUAGAAGAUCAUUUUUUAUGGAGAUAUUGCCAAUUAAAAGAUCAGUACAAAGUAGAAUAUGACAAUUUUUUGGAUUUCAAUUAUUUGAUAAAGUUUUUAUAUCUACUCAAAGAGUGCACAAGAAUUGAAUUGAAAAAAGAGAAUUUGGAAUUGAAUUUGCUAAUUGGUUCAAUUAAAACAGAACAUCAGUAAUAGGAAUUUCCAAACACAGCUAGAACUGUUGAUAGUUUUCGACCAUAACAAAGAAGAUAAGAUACAUUUUGA